GAACUGUGAUAAGAGAUGAGAUUGGGCGGACUUUAGGCAAGGCAGACAAAGAAGUUUUGGGUAAUGCUGCCAAGGUUGUGUUGACGAAGGACACCACAACAAUAGUUGGUGAUUGCAGCACUCAGGAAGCUGUUAAUAAACGUGUUACCCAAAUAAGAAACCUUAUUGAGGUUGCAGAGCAAGAUUAUGAAAAGGAAAAGCUGAAUGAAAGAAUUGCAAAGCUAUCUGGAGGUGUUGCUGUUAUCCAG